CCGAACACAAGGCGGCACCAGCUCUCCCGGGCAGCGCUCCGCCCUGCGGGGAGGCGGCACCGCCCGGGCCCCUCCGAGGCGGCGAGAGCGGCCAUGAGGCCGGCGCAGCGCUCCCGGCAGGAGACGCUGGCCCUGCGGCGGCAGCUCAUCGGCUCUUCUUGCAAGCUGUUUUUUGCUAACGAUCCGGUGAAGAUCGUAAAGGCGAAAGGCCAGUAUAUGUACGAUGAGAAUGGAAGACAAUACCUUGACUGCAUAAACAAUGUUGCUCAUGUUGGACAUUGUCACCCCGAUAUAGUAAAAGCAGCCCAUGAACAAAAUCAAUUGUUAAAUACAAAUUCUCGUUAUCUUCAUGACAACUUGGUCGAUUAUGCAGAACGACUUUCAAAAACACUACCUGCAAAGUUAUGUGUCUUUUAUUUUUUGAAUUCUGGAUCUGAAGCUAACGAUCUUGCCCUAAGGUUGGCACGACAGUAUACAAAACAUGAGGAUGUUAUCGUUCUAGACCAUGCUUACCAUGGACAUCUGACAACCUUGAUUGACAUAAGCCCAUAUAAAUUCAGAAAUCUAGAAGGACAAAAGGAAUGGGUCCAUGUGGCUCCUGUUCCAGACACAUACAGAGGAGUUUAUAGAGAAGACCAUGAGGAUUCAGUAACAGCCUAUGCUAAUGAAGUGAAAAAUAUCAUUGAACAAGCACAUAGGAGAGGCAGAAAGAUUGCUGCAUUUUUUGUUGAAUCUCUGCCAAGUGUGGGUGGUCAAAUCAUUCCACCAGCAGGCUAUUUUCAGAAGGCUGCAGAGCACGUGCACAAGGCAGGAGGUGUCUUUAUUGCUGAUGAAAUUCAAGUUGGCUUUGGCAGGGUUGGCAAGCACUUUUGGGCAUUCCAGCUUCAGGGAGAAGAUUUUAUACCCGAUAUUGUCACUAUGGGGAAACCAAUAGGAAAUGGGCACCCUAUAGCCUGUGUCGCAACAACAAAAGAAAUUGCAGAAGCAUUUGCAGCCACGGGAGUAGAGUAUUUUAAUACAUUUGGAGGAAACCCUGUUUCAUGUGCAAUCGGAUUAGCUGUGUUAGACGUGAUUGAGAAGGAACAACUUCAGGCUCAUGCCCUGGAAGUAGGCAACUUCUUGAUGAAGCUACUCAAGGAGCAGAAAAUCAAGCAUCCCAUCAUUGGUGAUGUCAGGGGUUCUGGCUUAUUCAUUGGAGUGGACUUAAUCAAGGAUCAAGCAGAAAGGACCCCGGCCACAGCAGAGGCAGAGCUUCUAAUCACAAGACUUAAGGAAGAAUAUAUUCUACUGAGUACAGAUGGGCCAGGAAGAAAUGUGCUUAAAUUCAAGCCCCCAAUGUGCUUCAGUAUGGAGGAUGCAAAAUUUGUUGUGGACACAAUGGACAAGCUCCUAACAGAUAUGGAAAAAGAACACCUGAACCAACAGAAAACACGCACUUGUUCUACCUAAGCAGGUAUUUAUCUAUAUUCACCCUUUACUAUUUAAAUGCCAAGGUUCCCAAAUGUAACUUCACAGGCAUUGUCACUGGCAGUAGAGCAGGAUCACGUUUCCUCAGAGAUGCUUUUAUUUGAAAUUAGUUUGCAGGAAUUUCUGGCAAUCUAGAAGCAUGGACCAGACUUGUGUACAUCUGGUAUUCACAUCUACCCUCUCUCAGAGGCUGACACUUCAGUAAUGCUGUAUGUAUUCAUUUGUUUGCAAGCCAGGUUCCAACAUGUCCCAGAAAUGCUCACCACUAGAACAUGCUGCACUUGUCUGGGAAGCUGUAAGAGUUUAACCCUUGGCAUGCAAAUGAUAUGCACAUCAAGACAAAAAACAUAGUUUUCAUGCUAGCUGCUCAGUGCCUGAAGUCUCCAGACAGAAGCUGCUGCAGCUGCAUACACUGUCUAGUUAGUCAGCUGUCUAACUACUACUUAGCAACUCUCUCCUUAACUGCCCUGAAGUGCAGAACACCCUACAUUCUAAAUGCCACGACCUAGGAACCUCCACUUAGGCUAACAGCUUUAUAAAGAGCUAUAAACAGGACUUUUACUACUAUACCUCCUGUUUUACUUAAUAUUUGACUUUGAAAUAGUAUGCUUCCAGUUGUCUUGAACAUUUUCACUACUUCAGAGGAUCAUUUCAGGUUCACAGCUGUUAUCUCCUGCUUAAGUAUAAAUUUAUUGCUAUACUCAGAAGUUUGUGGGCAUUAGUAAGACUCAGUCCUGUUAAGUCUUCCAAGCCUUGUAAAUCUUACUUUAUGUUGAAAUCUCUCUAUAGCUUGCUUACAGAGAACAUAUUGCUGCCGCUCAUUUUGCCACACAUCCAUGAGCACCAUAUACACUUAAACACCUCGAUAAAAACACCCUUUGUACUUCUUCAGCCUACUCUGACAAAGACAACCAAGUGUUUUUUUAACAAAGUGGCCAGUGAAACUCCAGGUACCUGGGUAGGAAUAUACCUAAUGUAAUCACAGUAAACAAUAUAAUCAUUGGUGGCCUCAGCCACCAUAGUAGAUUCACAGUGCUGUGGCCCUGAGCUCAGGAGAAACAUGCUUUUAGUUCAGUGCAAUAUUAGUAUAGCAGGCACGAGAAAAAUGUGUUAAUAUUUUAUUGAGCAAGUUAAUGGAAAGACAUACAGCUGUUCGUACUUGUCUGAGAACAGAAAGAUUACUCAACAGUGCCAGUUUAACUUGGAGGCCUAGUGACUAAAUGUGCUUGUCUGCAACCUAAACUAAGCAAGAAAAAUGCCUUUUUUUUCAACAGGAAACCAAAAGUGCAAAAGCCUCUUACUAAGUACAGUACUAGUAGGACACUUACAUAUAAUGUAAGUGAAAAUGAGGCAAUGAAGUUAAUUCCUUUUGAUGAUGCUUUGACAAAAAAAACCUAUAACACUAUUUUCUUUCUAUAGGUUUCAAACAACGUUCAAGAUUUACUGCUAAGAAACAUUAUUCUACCAUAAUAAUGCACAUUAAUCUUCAUCCUAGCAUGUCUUAGACCACAUAAGUUACCUUUCUUUGAUUUUGUUAUUUUCAGUUAUCAUGUUAUUAGUAAAAGCUUUAAUAGAAAUAAUUUUACAAGAGCUUGUUUUAACUCUG